GGCGCAGUCGCCGGAAGUGCGUGGCCGCCCGGGGCCAUGGCGGCGCUCCGCGUCGUCUACCUGCUGCUCUGGGCAGCGUCCUGGCCGCCGACCUCAGCCUCAGGCCAGGAGUUUUGGCCUGGCCAGUCGGCAGCCGACAUCCUGUCCGGGGCGGCGUCCCGCAGACGGUAUCUUCUGUAUGACGUCAACCCCCCGGAAGGCUUCAACCUCCGCAGGGACGUCUACAUCCGUGUUGCCUCUCUCCUGAAGACUCUCCUAAAGACGGAGGAAUGGGUGCUGGUCCUGCCCCCGUGGGGGCGCCUCUAUCACUGGCAGAGUCCCGACAUCCAUCAGGUCCGGAUUCCCUGGUCCGAGUUUUUUGAUCUUCCGAGUCUCAAUAAAAACAUCCCCGUCAUUGAGUAUGAGCAGUUCAUUGCAGAGUCCGGAGGGCCCUUCAUCGACCAGGUCUACGUCCUGCAGAGCUACGCAGAGGGGUGGAAGGAGGGCAGCUGGGAGGAGAAGGUCGACGAGCGGCCGUGCAUCGAUCAGCUCCUGUACUCCCAGGACAAGCACGAGUACUACAGAGGAUGGUUUUGGGGCUACGAAGAAACCAGGGGGUUGAACGUUUCCUGUCUGUCCGUCCAAGGGUCGGCCUCCAUCAUUGCGCCUGUGCUUUUGAAAAACACCUCUGCUCGGAUCACACUUCGCUCAGUGUCACCCUGGACGUCGGAGCUGCUGCUGACUCCGGUUAGGACGGAACUGAGCCCAGAGAGGGACUCGGAGCGGCUGGUCCUGACCGAGGAGAAGCGGCCGGGCCGGGACAGCGGGGAGACCCCGGCUCAGGCAAGACGCCGUGUGCAAAUGCGUGUCCACUCCGUGUCCCGAGUCCCCCCAGGCCCAGGGCGAGCUCCGCCCGCUCAGCUCCCGGCAGGCCUGGCGGUGCCAGCGUGUCCCUGUGGUUCUUGCCAGGUCAAGCUGGGCUCCGCGCGCGGCGGCCCCUACCUCGGCGUGCACCUGCGCAGGAAGGACUUCAUCUGGGGGCACAGAGAGGACGUGCCCAGCCUGGAGGGGGCCGUGAGGACCAUCCGCAGCCUGAUGAGGGCUCACCAGCUCGACAAGGUGUUUGUGGCCACCGACGCCGUCAGGAAGGAACACGAAGAGCUGAAGAAGCUGCUGCCCGAAAUGGUGAGGUUUGAGCCCACCUGGGAGGAGCUGGAGCUCUACAAAGACGGCGGCGUGGCCAUCAUCGACCAGUGGAUCUGCGCCCACGCCAGGUUUUUCAUCGGCACCUCGGUCUCAACGUUCUCUUUUCGGAUUCACGAGGAGAGAGAAAUCCUGGGCUUGGACCCCAAGACCACGUACAACAGGUUUUGUGGAGACCAGGAGAAGGCGUGUGAGCAGCCCACGCACUGGAAGAUCGCGUUCUGACGUGGCGCAGACAGCGGCUGCCCUGCGCCGUGUGACACGAGGACAGACACAGGUCCUGUCGCAGCUGCUCUGUGGCCCUGGUCCGGGGCUGGGCAGACAGGACUGUCCCUUCGCAGGGUCCCAGGCCUAGAGGAGGCCCCGCUCGCGGGGAGACACGCUCAGAGCCGCGCUCUCGGCGUUGCCGUGGGCCUGGGCUGUGUGUGGACGGGCUCUGCCGCCUUCCGGGGCGGUGGUGUGCUCAGCCAGGCUCUGCGCAGCCGCGUCCCAGUCGCCAACAAGGCCCGUGUGCUGGUGCAGAAGUACGGCGGGUGUUCGUCGGACCCGUCUUGAGGCCUUUCCACCCGCCUUCGUUCCCCGCGUGUGCUCAGCGGUCGAGGGUGGAUGUGGAUGAGCUGCCCCGUCUCGGGCAGACUCGGGCGGACGCUUCCCUGGAGCUGGCGCCGCUCUGACCUGACUGACCGUCGCAAACGCCCGCGGGAGCGGCCAGGGAGGCCCUUCCACCUGCCCCUGCCCUUCCGCCCGGUGGGAGGCCACGUGAGCUUGUUUCCUCUCGGGGCGGACGGAAGGUGAACCUCCCGCCCCGCCGGGCGCUGGCCUGCGGCCUGCAGGGGCCCUGGUGCCCGUCCAGGUCCUCCUCUCACGCCGCAGUGCCAGAAGCUUCCUCGCUGGGGCCUCCGGGGAAACAGCGGCCGUCGGGGAAACUCGGCUCUGUGCUCUCGCGGGGCCUGGCGGGCUGCUCCGCGCUUACGCGGUGGGGGGACACGCAGGGCCGCCAGGCCCGUCGCUCCCCGUGGAGAAGCAAGUGAGAAGUGACAGCCACACCGACUUCAGAAGCUGCGUCUGAGGCCAGCUGCUCUGUCAGGUGGCGCCUUGUGCCCCCUUCACGGAAACCCUCUUCCGGGUGUUGGUGCUGCCACCGCAGGGCCCCGCGAGGCGGGGACGCCGGUGCGGAACCAGGAGGGCGCAGUCUGGCGGGCUGCAGGCUCAGGUCCCCUCCCACCCCUGGCCCCUCACCCUGCGUGACUGCCCACCACGGUGUCAUGUGACACUGGGCACCCACGUCCUGCAUCUGCUGGGGGCACAAUGACACGGACACUCGUGUGACAGAGACCGGUCAGCGAGGAGGGACACAGCUCUUCCUCUGGGAGCCUGGCGAGUCUUGGUCGCUGCCUCCCCCGUCUCCUCCUUCCCAGGCUUUCGAAGUUGGCCCUGAAGGCGCAGCAGGGUCCCGCGGUGUCAUCCAAAGCUGCGCAGGGUAAAGGACGACAUAUUUAUUCUUUUUCCAUUUGUACACUCAGACGUUAUUAAUAAAAUUUUCUACCAAGCUGCGAUUCUAGAAACAGUGCUAUUUUCAUACUGUUGAA